CGACAGAGCAACUCAGGGUCUGUGUUUACAUUUGGCUGAGUAUGCUAUUAGCGGAGUCAGCUGGAGCACCUUUGAGUGAAAGGGUGUGUUUGAUUGCGGCCAACAUAUCCAGCCUUCAUCAUGGUCAAACAGCAGCGGAGGUGUCUCACACCUGCUACUAUGAGCAAUGUGACACAGGUUCGAUUCCCUGUUGGCCAUGUGCAGAGGAGACAGGCUACAGCUCAGCAGGUUUCGGGCAGAAAGUCAGGAAGUUCAGGGACGGGAAGCUCUGACAGUGGGCUGUGCUGUAGCUCUGCCUCCACAGAAGAAGAGAAUGGAGAAAAGGGACCAGACAGAAAUUCAGGAGAGCUUGAGACAAAGAGGGCGAGACUGGAAAGACCUGAGGAGGCUGCAGCUGGGAUCAAUGAAGAGAAAGCUCCAGUGUUAUAUGGGGAACCAGGAAGGGAGAGCUGCUACACUAAAGAUGGUGUUUCACUAAGACUUGCUCAUUCAGACCAGCAGGGGUCAGCAGAGCUCAGUGAGGACAGCAGAGCAGCUGAGCUGCAGAGUGUCGCAUCCCUAAAGGUCACCAUCCAGCAGAGCAGUGAGAGCAGAGAGUUUGGUCAGACAGACAGAACGGCUGACAGACUGACAGGUGGACUCCACUGUCACGUGUGCAACAUCACCUGUCGCUCUGUGCAGGUAUUUCAGGAACACAUGGCAGCAUCAGAACACCUGAGGAAAAUGAAGGAGAUCACUCAAUCCAUCCGCCUCAACACACACUCACUCCAGGACAGCUGUCGGCCUGACUCACGAAGAUGGUGCGACACCUGUCAGACUCACUUCAGAGGGGAUGUCAUCGUCCACAGGCGGACAAAACAACACAAGAUGUGUAAGCAGCUGUGUCGUCCCUUCUGUCCGGUGUGCAAAUGUCACUUCAGGACUCCCAGGAAGUUUGUGGAGCACAUGAAGUCAGCAGAGCACAAACAGAAGGUGCAGCCGGAGGAGGCUCAGGAGGAGGAGCUAAUCAUAGUGGAUGCCGUUGGCUGCUUUGAGGGAGAAGAAGAAGAAGACGAAGAGGAGGAGGAAGUGGAGGAGGAGGAAGUGGAAGCAGAAGCAGCUGAUGUAGGGGAAGAGGAGGAAGGGGUAGGAAAAGAAAAAGCAAAGGAAGAAGGCUGGGAGGAAGCAGACCCACAGGAAACAGAAGAGGAGGAAUAUGAUCCCCACACUACCUAUGGAAGUAGUUUUGUGGUUCCUGUUUCUGGCUUCCUUUGUCGACUUUGCAACAAGUUCUUCUACAGAGAGACAACAGCCCGACACACACACUGCAGGACACACACACACUACCUCAACCUGAAGGCUGAUCACAGAGGAACCAGCACAAAGUAGAUUCUAGUCCUUGGUGCUCAUCCCUUAUGAAUCACAGAGCUCAGAGGAAACAUGAAGACAAGGACAGAUCUGCUCUGACCUGACCUACUCACCUUGUCUCCCACAAUGCAUCUGUGUAUCCAGGAUGAUGGACCAAUAAUGUCAUCAUCCUGCUUGUGUGUUAACAUGCACCUAAACUGCAAAGAACUCUAACACAUUGAGUCCCUUUACCAAGAGUUUUGAUAAAGAUCAAUAGCUGGGUGAAUAUGCACCCAGCUUACAGCAGCUAGGUGUUUUCAUACUGCUUCAUCACUGACAUCUAGUGGCUGUUAGUGGAACUGCAGCAUAUACUCAUAAGUCACGGCAGUGGAAUUUUGCUGGAGAGAUAUUUAUACAGAUAAAGAUUUUCAUUUUAUUUUAGCAUGAAUCCCAGUAGUGAAUUUGACUAACAACAUAUUUUAACAGAGGAACUACUCAAUUGUAAAUGACCCUUUAUUGUUAAUGUUAUAAAUGUAUGUCUUGUUGGACAAAUGUGAA